AUGGCGUCGUCGAGCUCUGCUGGUACUACUAGUGAUGGCAACCAGGGCCUCAAGGCUCGAGAUGUCUGCAUCGUCGGCGUCGCCCGCACGCCCAUCGGCGCCCUCCUCGGGUCGCUCUCGUCCCUCCCGGCCACCAAGCUCGGCUCCAUCUCCAUCCAGGGUGCUCUCAAGAGGGCGAAGGUCGACCCGGCUCUAGUGCAGGAGGUGUUCAUGGGCAACGUCCUCAGCGCCAACCUCGGCCAGGCCCCGGCAAGGCAGGCGGCUCUUGGCGCUGGCUUGCCCAACUCCGUCCCCUGCACCACCGUCAACAAAGUUUGCUCCUCAGGAAUGAAGGCUGUCAUGUUUGCGGCGCAAAGUAUUCAGCUGGGGAUCAACGAUGUCGUGGUCGCCGGUGGCAUGGAGAGCAUGUCGAAUGCCCCCAAAUAUGUGGCUGAAGCAAGGCGAGGGUCACGGUUCGGACACGAUGUCCUGGUUGACGGGAUGCUCAAGGAUGGCUUGUGGGAUGUCUAUAAUGAUUUCCCGAUGGGAAUGUGUGCUGAAUUGUGUUCAGACCAGCACUCAAUCUCAAGGGAGGAACAGGAUUCUUAUGCUAUCCUCAGCAAUGAACGUGGAAUAGCAGCUCGGGACAGCGGUGCAUUUUCUUCGGAAAUUAUUCCUGUUGAAAUUCCUUCUGGUAGAGGGAAACCACCAGUAGUUGUGGACAAGGAUGAGAGUCUUGCAAAGUUUGAUCCAGUAAAGCUGAAGAAACUUCGACCAACUUUUAAGAAGAAUGGUUCUGUGACGGCUGGCAAUUCUUCUAGUAUAAGUGAUGGUGCUGCUGCAAUUGUCCUUGUCAGUGGAGAGAAAGCCAAGAAUCUUGGCCUUCAAGUUAUUGCAAGGAUUAGAGGGUAUGCUGAUGCUGCACAGGCACCAGAGCUGUUUACGACAGCUCCAGCUCUCGCUAUUCCAAAGGCUAUAUCAAAUGCAGCUCUUCAAACUUCACAGAUUGAUUAUUAUGAAAUAAAUGAGGCUUUCUCUGUUGUUGCUGUAGCUAAUCAGAGGCUUCUUGGUAUCCCUUCUGGAAAGCUAAACUUAAGUGGUGGCGCUGUUUCUCUGGGCCAUCCUAUCGGCUGCAGUGGUGCACGGAUUAUAGUCACUCUGCUUGGGAUUCUUAGGCAGAAAAAUGGAAAAUUUGGUGUUGCUGGAGUUUGCAAUGGUGGAGGCGGCGCUUCAGCCCUCGUUUUGGAGCUCAUUGGGACACUAGAAAACACUCGUUAA